AUGUAUUAUAACAUCGAAGACAUUUUGUGUGAAGAUCACCUAGUAGAAUGUAGAUUAGAAGUUGAAUUGUAUAAGGGAUAAUUCCUAGACAAAGAAGCUCAUACAGAAGAUGGAAAUUUGUAAAGAGGACAUGUUAUGAAAUUGCCCUUAUGGAUGGCAAAAAUUAUGUCUGAAUAAGAAUAUGAUGGUAUUUAACUAGUUUCAGUGGAAAUUUUGGAGAUUUUUGAAGAUGAAUUUUAGAAGGCUUUAGAUGCAGAUCCUUAAAUUGUGAAUCUAAAAUAUCAUUCACCUUACUUUUAUUAAUUAGGAUUCAAAAUGGCGGAUAUGAUUGCCAAUGAUGUUAGAUUAGAACGAUUUAGAGGGGCUGUUAAAUUGAGAGAAACACUUAUCGAGGCAUUAAAGAAGAGAUCAAUUUAGGUGAUUUUUAAAUUAGUUUAAUCCAAACUGGAAGAAUUGAAUCUAUUGACCGAAGAUGAAAAAGAAAAUUUCUACCUUUCUAAGAAAAUCAAAUUAGAAUAUGAAAAAUGGGAAUAACGAUUGACCAGAAGAUAAAAAAAUGAUAUCCCCAAUAAAAAACUCAAAUAAUUAUGA